AAUCCAGCAGGCGCAGGACAAGCAAUCAGAAAACACAGGCUUGAGUGUGGCACACGUGUGAGUGCCGACCGAAGUGUUUCACACGCGUGAGGCGGGUCCACCACCAUUCCUCCACCAGCCAACACUGUGCAAAAAAAGCAAAGGAGGGAGCUUCUCUGUAUAUUUUGCAUAGAUUCAUAAGAUCCUAUCAUACUAGCCCCACACCAACACUAACACCAAAGAAAAGCAAAGCAGAGACAGCACCCAUACCCUUCCUUCUAUACCCUCUCCCCCUUUUCAUGUGUUAGUUUACUCUUACCCCUUACCUCUUCCAUCUUAACCUCUCUCACAAACCCCAUCUCCAUUGCUUCAGAAAAACAGAAAAAUUCCCAUUUCAGGAAAAAAACAAAAAAUCCUCCAAGGCUCCCUGGAACCACUGUGUUUAAUUCUUUUACAGCACAACUGUUCUUCAGAGUGAAGCGUUGAAUAGUUGAAAUAGUUGGUUCACCAGCUACCAUUAUUUGGAGGAUCUUUUGAUUCUUUGAAGCCAGAAGAUGCAGAGGCCUCCACCAGAUGAUUUCCUGCUGAAGGAGACCAAUCCCCACCUUGGAGGGGGAAAGGUCUCUGGUGAUAAGCUUACUAGCACUUAUGAUCUUGUUGAGCAAAUGCAGUACCUUUAUGUUAGGGUUGUGAAGGCUAAGGACUUACCUGGAAAGGAUGUCACUGGAAGUUGUGACCCGUAUUGUGAAGUCAAGCUGGGAAACUACAAAGGAACCACUAGGCAUUUUGAGAAAAAGACUAAUCCCGAAUGGAACCAGGUUUUUGCUUUCUCAAAAGACCGGAUUCAGGCUUCCACCCUAGAGGUUACUGUGAAGGAUAAGGAUGUUGUGAAGGAUGACUUCAUUGGUCGUGUCUGGUUUGACCUCAAUGAGAUUCCUAAGCGGGUUCCCCCGGAUAGUCCUCUGGCACCGCAGUGGUAUAGACUGGAGGACAGAAAGGGUGAUAAGGCCAAGGGGGAGCUAAUGCUGGCUGUUUGGAUGGGAACACAAGCUGAUGAAGCAUUUCCUGAAGCAUGGCACUCGGAUGCUGCAACUGUUAGUGGGACUGAUGCUCUUGCAAACUUCCGAUCAAAGGUGUAUCUCUCUCCUAAGCUUUGGUAUUUGAGGGUUAAUGUGAUAGAGGCACAAGACUUGCAGCCAACUGACAAGGCUAGAUACCCUGAAGUUUUUGUGAAGGCUACCCUGGGAAAUCAAACCUUGAGGACUAGAAUCUCGCAAAGCAGGAGUAUCAAUCCAAUGUGGAAUGAGGAUUUGAUGUUUGUGGCGGCUGAACCAUUUGAGGAGCCCCUUAUUUUGAGUGUGGAAGACAGAAUUGGCCCUAACAAAGAGGAACUAUUGGGGAGGUGUGCAAUUCCUUUACAGAUGGUGGACAGGAGACUAGAUCACAAACCUGUGAAUUCCAAGUGGUAUAAUCUUGAAAAACAUGUAGUUAUUGUAGAAGGGGAAAAGAAGAAGGAAAUCAAGUUUGCAAGCAGGAUGCAUAUGAGGAUCUGUCUAGAAGGUGGUUAUCACGUUUUGGAUGAAUCGACCCAUUACAGCAGUGAUCUCCGUCCCACAGCAAAGCAGCUGUGGAAGUCCAGUAUUGGAGUUCUUGAAUUGGGGAUAUUGAAUGCUCAGGGUUUGAUGCCAAUGAAAACAAAAGAUGGUAAAGGGACAACGGAUGCUUAUUGUGUAGCAAAAUACGGGCAAAAAUGGGUGCGGACAAGAACAAUCAUUGAUAGCUUUGCACCCAGGUGGAAUGAACAAUAUACUUGGGAGGUUUUUGAUCCUUGCACUGUCAUUACGAUUGGUGUAUUUGAUAACUGUCACUUGCAUGGUGGUGAUAAGGCUGGAGGGGCAAAAGAUUCCAAAAUUGGGAAGGUACGAAUUCGUCUUUCCACUCUUGAGACCGAUCGAGUCUAUACACAUUCCUAUCCACUUCUAGUUCUUCAUCCAAAUGGGGUGAAGAAAAUGGGUGAAAUUCACUUGGCUGUAAGGUUUACAUGUUCUUCCUUGCUCAAUAUGAUGCACAUGUAUUCACUACCCUUGUUGCCGAAGAUGCAUUAUAUUCACCCAUUAACUGUCAUUCAGCUUGACAGCUUGAGGCAUCAAGCAACUCAGAUUGUUUCCAUGAGACUGAGUCGUGCCGAGCCACCAUUGAGAAAGGAGAUAGUGGAAUACAUGCUGGAUGUGGGUUCCCACAUGUGGAGUAUGAGAAGAAGCAAGGCCAACUUUUUCAGGAUCAUGGGAGUUUUGGGUGGAUUAAUUGCUGUAGGAAAAUGGUUUGACCAGAUUUGCAAUUGGAAAAAUCCCAUCACAACAGUUCUGAUCCACAUCCUGUUCAUAAUAUUGGUCAUGUACCCUGAGCUCAUCUUACCCACAAUAUUCCUGUACCUCUUCUUGAUUGGAGUUUGGUACUAUAGAUGGAGGCCAAGGCACCCUCCUCACAUGGACACGCGACUCUCUCACGCGGAUUCUGCACAUCCUGAUGAACUAGAUGAAGAGUUUGACACAUUUCCAACCACCAGACCGUCGGACAUGGUGAGGAUGAGAUACGAUCGACUUAGAAGUAUUGCCGGGAGGAUACAAACGGUGGUUGGUGAUUUGGCGACUCAAGGGGAAAGACUGCAGUCUUUGCUGAGCUGGAGAGAUCCCAGAGCAACAGCCCUCUUUGUGAUUUUCUGUCUGGUUGCUGCCAUUGUGCUCUAUGUCACUCCAUUCCAAGUGGUGGCUCUUUUGAGUGGAAUCUAUAUACUGAGACACCCCAGGUUCCGCCACAAGCUUCCUUCAGUGCCACUCAAUUUCUUCAGGAGGCUACCUGCAAGAACUGAUUGCAUGCUUUGAGCCAAAUGGACCUUGCUUUUUACUUUCAUUUCAGCAUCAGAUUUUGUGGAUUUGUAUUUCAUCAUGUCAUAGAAUUUUCUGUUUUGAACUUCAUGCUAGUCCCUUGUUAAAUUUGUAAUUUUGUAGGCUGAGUUUAAAUUAACUAUGUUAGUUAGAUGUAGUAAAUUUUCUCAAUGCAAGUUUGAAAUUAUCACCUCAAAUGGUGAUUGAGGUGUGGUGAUUUCUGUUUUUAAUGUUUCUUUUUCUCCUCCCCUAAGGUUUUUAAAAAGUUGCUGAUUGAUGAACAAACCUUUUAUGUUUUGGUGCAUGAACCGAA